AUGGCCACCCCGCCCCAAUUUAUAUGGGAAAAUGGUCUGAGAAAGGUGGUUCCAUACUAUUAUACUGAUUCCGUCAGAACUAAGGGACGAUGGGUAGGCCGAACGGUAUAUGACGUCUUCACCACCGAGUUCCGCAACAAGACGGAAGACUACUAUGUGAGUAGAGUUAACCUUUCCAUCGCGUUUCUAAAACACCAUGUUACUGACAGAAGAUUUUAG